AUGGAUGUGUUACAUGAUGAGUCCUUUACCUCUGUCUCACCCAGCUGUGACACUCCAGGAUCACCAGUCUCACAGCAGGCAACGCCACACAAUCACACAACAGGUGAGUGUGUGUGUGUCCAUCAGUUAUGUUUUAUUACAGUCUGAAUAUAUUGAAACUGUGGUAAGGUACAGAUACAGUAGUUUCUCCAUCUCCUUUCCCCACCAGCUGACACCAGCAAACACCUGGCAGCCAUUUUGUGUCCUAUGGUGGUCAUUGGAAUCCUAGCCGUUAUCAUUCUGUUAUGUAUCCGUUCGCCCAGGAGAUGA